GCUUCUCUGCCCAACCUGUGCCAGGGCCUGCCCACCCUCCCAGCCAGCAAUUCCUUCCCAAUAUCCCAUCUAUCCUUGCCCUCUGGCAGUGAGAAGCCGUUCCCCCUUGUCUUGUGCCUCCAUCCCUUGUCCCCAAUCCCUCUCCAGCUCUCCUGGAGCCCCUUUGGACACUGGGAGGGGCUCUCAGGUCUCCCUGGAGCCUUCUGUUCAUGUUUAGCUUAAAGAAGGUUUUUCUGGGUUUUGGUAGCCAUUACUUUUUGAUCACUUCCUCCCCAGGUGGGCUUUUGAUGCAAACCAGAAAGAAUAUCAUGUAUUAAACACCAUAUAAUAUGUUCACCAAGGCCAGGUCGGCCAGGGCUUGGAGCACCCUGGGCUGGUGGAAGGUGUCCCUGCCCAUGGCAGAGGGUGGGACUGGGUGAGCUUUAAGGUCCCUCCCAACCCAAACCUUCUGUGACUCUGUUCUCUAAACGGUUCCUGGUCACUUGUCAGGCUCUGUUUCCUCUGACUUCUCCAUAUCUGCACAUCUCGGAGACAGCUCUGAACAAUUCCCGUCUGGGCAGCAGUGCCUUGCUCAGUGACUUGGCUGAAUGUUUGCAGACUUCUCUGAUCACUCCUGUGUGGUGAAUCGAGUGUUGUAACCGCUGCCAGGAAAGGGGCACCUGUUCACUGAAUCACAGUGUUAACCUCUACUUCAUCCCAGAUUUACAGAUGCACGUGAAAUCCUUCGCGCGGUUCUGGCACCCCGGCGUGCACUUCCCGGGAGCGGCGUACGAGACGCUGGGGAGCGGGCUGAGCGCGCCGCGGUGCGACGUGUCCUCGCUGCCCGCCUACGGCCACCACGAGCUGCAGGUGCGCGCCGAGCUGGGCCAGCACCGCUCGCCCUGGGUCACCCUCCGCUUCAGGCCCUUGGACCACACAGUGAUUGGGCCCCCUGAGGUGACGGUGAAGUCGGAGUCUGGGGCCCUGCACAUGAAUUUCUCCGGCCCCUUUGCUGAGCACAAGCAGGAGAAGUGGCCUCUGUGGCAAUACUAUGGCCCCUGGAGCUACAGGAUCCUCUACUGGAAGAAAGGCACAGACCUGACCUCUGCUCCCAGGGUCUCUCACCUGGAUACCAAACACAGCUCUGCAAUCCUGUCCCAGCUGGAGCCAUGGACGUGCUACUGUGUCCAGGUGCAGGUGGUGAUUCCCGAGUGGAACAAGACAGGGGAGCUGAGCGGGGAGCUGUGUGAGAAGACCACCCACAAUGGUGUAACUCCUGUGUGGCUCGUUGUGACAGUUCUCAUAGGAUCCAUGUUGGCCGUUGCCACAGCAGUCCCCGUUUGUUUCUUCUCCUUCUUUUAUCUAGUUCGACUCACCAAACAUGUUUUCUGCCCUGCAUAUAUUUUCCCACAACACCUGAAAGAGUUCCUGAGCAAAUCUCCCACUGCUCCAGAGCCCUUCUUUCCACUCCCACAAGAAGAACAUCUUUAUGACAAGCUGACUGUCAUUCCAGAAGAUUCCCAGAAUGCCAGGGAUGAGGCUGAGGAUGAGUCCGAGACACCAGAGCACCCUCAGGGCUCUGAACAAGGAGAUUCCGACUCAGGAGUUGGAACAGCUUCAGGGAAGACCUAAAUGCUGCUCUGGAGAAGGAAACAAAGGGACUGUUGGGUUCAUCUCCUUAUUGCUCCUUUCUUCUGGCAGUGAAAACCCACAGACAGAGAUAACCAUGCCCUGAGCAUAGACAGAAUAAUUUUAUUUGUUAAUUCAAGUACGAGAAACUUGGCUGUAAAUGAGGAACUAAAUAAUACACAAUUUUUGCCACUGCUGGUUGUGGCUCCCUAAGGAGUUGUGGCAAUACCUGGCACUGAUUAUGACAUUAAAAAGCAAUUUUCAUAUAUAUAUAUAUAUAUAAAAAUAUAUAUAUAUAAAAUACUAGUUAACUCUGAUGAACUAUUUAUUGCAAAAACUAAGAGAAAUAUUUGUAAGAGAAAAGCAUAUUUUGUAAAGAAAGACCUGAUUUAUUUUUUCUAAUGAAAAAUUGUCUGAGUUUUUAAGGAUGUCCCCGGAGGCAUCAUCCUUCUGUUGAAUUGUGUUCUACCUGCUGCAAAAUUGUGAAGUUUUUAGGAUGGGAUGAACUGGAGUCUGUGGAAAACUUGGCAGCUAAAGGGGGAGUUAAAUUAGGUUUGUUUUAUUUAUAUAUUGAUGUGUAUUCUUAAUUACAAAAAAAUGUUAAUCUGGGGAGCUGGGACUCCCUGGACACAAAGCAGCCUCACCUGCCCAGGGUUAUAGCCAAGGUUAUAUAAAUGUUUACAUAAAGGUGAUACCCAGCACUGGGGCAGAGAGUGGCAUUAACUGGGGUUUGUGUGUUAUUGCCUCAAAAUGAGAGUGAAAAAUUAAAUGCUGUCAGCAAAAAGUGAAGUGU